AUGCCCGGAGAAUACAAGGAGUUCGACCCGAAGAACAUGCCCUUUCGCAGGCUUGGUUCUAGUGGUCUGCGUGUGCCUGUUUUCUCGCUUGGAGGAUGGUUGACACUUGGGGGCACGGUCAUUGGUGAUCCGGUCAAGGAGAUCAUCAAGGUCGCGUUUGAAAAUGGCAUCAAUAUGUUCGAUACCGCUGAAGGUUAUGCGCAAGGGAAGUCCGAAGAAGAGAUGGGUCGUGUUAUCAAAGAGCUCAAUCUACGACGAAGCGACUUGGUUAUCAGCACCAAGAUCUUCUUCGGUACACGAGAGGGCCCUAACGACAAGGGCCUUUCAAGGAAACAUAUCAUUGAGGGGACGAAGGCAUCUCUUGAGCGACUUGGCCUCGAUUAUGUCGACAUUAUCUUCGCGCAUCGUCCUGAUCCCACAGUGCCAAUGGAGGAGACUGUCCGCGCAUUCAACUAUGUCAUUGACCAAGGCUGGGCGUUCUACUGGGCGACAUCGGAGUGGACUGCUCAGGAAAUUGAAGAAGCACACCAUAUUGCCCAUGUCUAUGGGCUUAUAGCUCCGGUGGCCGAGCAAUGCCAGCACCACAUGCUUCACCGUGAGCGGCCCGAGAAGGAAUAUGAGCCGUUAUACAAGAAGUAUGGCCUGGGAACCACAGUUUUCUCUGCUCUAGCCGGUGGCUUGUUAACUGGCAAGUAUAACAAAGGUAUCCCGCAAGAUUCCCGCCUCGCCAAGCAUUCGGACUUGCCCUUCUUGAAGCAAUUGAUCGACAGUUUCGGGGAAGAGGAGGGCAAACGUAAGCUGCAGGUGGUGCAGCAAUUGAACGACCUGGCGACAAAUGAACUCGGCUGCAGCGUCGCGCAUCUAGCGCUUGCAUGGGUAGCGAAGAAUCCGAAUACCAGCACUGUCAUUCUUGGAGCCUCGAAGCCCGAGCAAGUCCUCGAUAACCUCAAGGCCAUCGAAGUCAUCCCGAAACUCACUCCAGAGGUCAUGGACAAGAUAGAGAAGAUUCUGGGCAACAAGCCCGAGCCAAUUUCGACUUGGGGCCGGCCUCCCUUGGAUAAAUUUGGACGACUCUGA